UGCAAGUAGGCCUUUAAAAACUAGCACGUGCCUCAUUUUUUCGUUUUGAUUCAUUCUUGACUCGGUCGGAACGCUAACAAAACGCUCGGAAAGAAUAAAAAAGAUUUUAAAAAUCGUCCUUUAAAAAAAAAAAGUUAAAAUGGAGGAAAAAAAAUACGCGGUUGGGCCAGUCAAUUACGAAAACUAUGUUACUUGCCCGUAUAACAGCGCGCAUCGUAUAAUGCCAACCCGUUUAGCUAAACAUUUGAUUAGCUGCGGCGGGGAUCGUAGCCUCCAUCGUUGCCCUUUUAACAGCACGCACUUGCUAUCGGCAGCGGCCAUGAAGGAUCAUGUCAUCGAGUGCCCCGACCGCUGUUCCUUGGAGCGCUACAAGAUGCCGGACACCUUGCCGCCGGCGGAGCCCCAAGCCAACAAAUUUUUGGUCGAGACUGAGGAGGACUGGGACACCGAGCCUCAGGUCGAGGCCUACAAUCCCAGGAAGUACUGCGGGGAUAAUCAUAUAAUACUAAAUCCCCAGGGAAAUCCGCCGGCCGCUCGUCGCGAAUUUCGCGAGCGCGAACGCAAACGCUUCCUGGAGAGCAACAAGUUUUAGAUAUCAAGUUCUUCAACAAUUAAAACCAUUUAACAAAUAAAGUUGAGAAUCUCCAGACUGGUUUCGAUUUUCACUCCAGCAA